ACCUUUUUGCCCUUAGCUACUUAUUUGGUGCGGUAGCAUGCAUGGUAAACUUACAAUUAUCGCAUGUUAGGAAGUGGCACGACGGGGCUUGAGAUAAACCGGGAUAAAUAAAUUGUGCCGAGAAAAUGGAGCCGACUCUUCCCUUUAAUUUCGGACGAUGGCUUCUAUAUCUCCUGGUUUUUCCAUUUUUAGUUCAUAGCAAAUCGGAUAAUGUGGGUCAGGAUAGCUAUCCCAAGAUGGACAUCAAGUUGGACAAUGAGGUUUACGUAAUGACAGAAGAUAACUUCCACCAUUUGAUACAAGGACACGAAACCGGUUUGGUUCUGUUCCAUGUGCCAUGGAACGCGCAAUACCGAAGCAUGCUGCCGGAAUACGAAAAGGUUACGAAAAAAGUCAACGAUGAACUUCCGUCAGUGUUGAUGGGCAAAUUGGAUGUGUCGCUUCAUCCGGAAAUCGCCGAACAAUUAGAUAUCCGUGGCGAUGAGCCGCAGUUCUUGUUCUUCCAUCAAGGAAAACCGUACAAUUAUGAGGACUUUAAAAGCUAUUCGGCUCUGUUGGAGAGUCUUCGUUUGCACGCUGGCCACAUUUGGUUUCCACCACGGCCGCAUCCGGAACUUGUGCCCGAGCUGACCCAACACGAAUUCCAGCAGACGAUUAAAGGUCUGGAUUUUGCUGUUGUGGCUUUCUAUAGAGCAAACUGUCCAUCUUGUGUGCGUCUUUUGCUGGAAUACGAAACCGCUGUAGUCAAUCUAACUGACAAAGUUACCGAUAAAAUCCGAUUUUUCAAGACGAAUUUGGAUGAUGCUCCCAGUUUGACGUCAGAAUAUGAAAUCACUGAUGUUCCCACGCUGAAAGUGUUCCGGAAAGGCAAAGUGUUCGGUUUCAAUUCCCGCGAAAAGCUGUAUCCCGCCAUAUUGCAAUACAUCAAUCGCCAAAUGCAACCGCCGUAUAAGCAAUUAAAAUCCAUCGAAGAAGCGGAAGGAUGGAUCCGUAGUUAUCCCAAUAAAGGCGCGGUCCUCGGUGUCUUUGAUACCGACAAGCAUGAAAAUAUGGAAGUCUUUUUGGACGUUGCUAAUUAUUUGCGCGAUCAGCUGAAUUUUGCGUUCGUCAAAUCAAAAGCGCCGACCGGAGACUGGCAGAUCAGCGUAUACCCUCCACUUCGCCACGUUUCUCCUGCCGACAAGAAAAAUACAUUUUCAACGAGAAACCAUACUGAACACCUUGUGGAUUUCAUUAAGAAGAAAAGCCGACCAUUGGUCGGACAGCGUACGAUGCGCAACAAGGACACUCUGUAUAACGAUCGCCCGCUCCUUAUUGGUUACAUGAACGUGGACUGGAGUAAAGCACGGGAACAUGAUACGCAGUACCACCGUGACAAAAUCUCUCAGAUGGUGCAUGGCUUUCCCGAAUUUACAUUCUGCAUUUCUGACAGAAAUGAAUUUAAGCAUGAACUUGUGCGAAUGAAUCUGGAGCAGCACAAAGAGGAUGUGCUGCUUGGGUUAAUUGGAAAGAAUGGUGAAUACUAUGCUGGACCGGUGGUGGACAUCAUGAAUUUGAAACUCUUAACCGAUUUUGCCAGCAAUUAUCAAAAAAAUAAACUGAAACCCUUCCACCGCACCCAGUCUCCACCCACACAUGAUGACAGCGAUGACUACGCGGUCAAAGUGAUUGUCGGUGCCACGUUCCGUAAACUGGUACUGCGGCACGACAAGGAAGUUCUGCUCCUGAUGCACCGUCCCAGUUGUCCAGCCUGCAAGAAAGCCAUGAACACAUUCCACGAUAUUGCUGAAGAGAAGGAGUAUCCGCAUGUGGUGUUUGCCACCAUGGACACCUAUGGGAACGAUGCACCGGCUCGCUUUACGACGAAUACCACGUAUCCAAUGAUGUAUUUCGUCUCCUAUGAUAAAAGCCUUCCCCCCGUUCCCUAUCCUACAAGAAUCUUCACCAAAGAAAAAAUGAAAGAAUUUAUUGAAAAUAAUGCUCAUAAGCACAAAGUUCGAACAGAACUCUAGAUGGCUAAAGUUGUGUUAUAAUUUUGUUUCUUUGUGUGAGUAUUCGAGGAAAAGCCAUGCAAAACAUUUUUUGGGAUCCUCUGCUUUGCAUGAUUGGAUUUUACCAAUAUAUUUGUUUCAGAUCUUCUUUUUAAAUCUGUUUGUUGUGACCAACAUUUUGUGAUUAAAAUUAACAGAACCUGCACAA